CUAAGAAUUCUUAACUGCUUACGCACAAAGAUAAGAAUUCUUAAGAAAAUGUUUACGACCUAUUCUCGAAACGUUCUUAUCGAGUUCGUAGCCCCAACACGACUAGUCACGUUUUAGUAAAUUUUCGUAAGUUACGAAAGGAACUCUUUUGUCUCAAAGGGAGAUUGAGUAGGGGGUUUUCCCGUGACGUCACAAGCACGAGGGAAUUCCCAUGUUUACAAACAAGGCAGACGAUAUCCCGGAUAAUGGAGUCUUGCAUUCCCAGCACUCCUUCAAGGAAGCAGCGCACGUCCAACUGGUCCGCCACAGAGGUGGACAUCCUGAUAGAAGAAAUAAAGUCCAAUUAUGGCGUUCUAUUUGGACACUUUUCGUCCCAGGUGUCGGCUUCACAGAAGAAGAAAUUAUGGACGGACAUCGUGACCAAAAUAAAUGCCAAUGGGAAAACUGUCAGGGAUGUUCCCCAGGCUAAAAAGAAAUGGGCUGACCUGAAGAGUAUCACCAGGAAGAAGGCAGCACACCAGAAAAAGGAGCAGAGUAAGACAGGGGGUGGUCUGCCUGAUACUGUUAUUGAUCUCACUGAGUUUGAAAAUAAGAUCAUCUCCAUCAUUCCUGCAUGUCAGGUUCAGGGCAUAGAAGGAGGGCUGGAAAGUGAAGCCUGUGAAUUGCCACAACCAGACAUGGCAAACUAUCCAGAGGAAAGUGACACACAGGAUUCAGUUCCAACAUCAUCAGCGACAACAUCAGCAGCAGUACCCGAGUUUCAGCAAUGUGAUCCCACUCUCACGAACUCAGAAGUUGAAAUCGUCUUGCCCUGUGAGCAGAAAAGAGUCAAGUAUAGCACAAAUGCAAGGUCAAGUGAGAACCUGUCACUGAGCAUUCUGGAGGUGGAGAGGGAGAAGCUCUGUGUACAGAGGGAUCUCCUGGCCACAGAAAAGGAGCGGCUGGCUGUAGAGAAGGAGCGCCUAGCUGUGGAGAGGGAGAUUCUCCAUUGCCUGAGGCAGCAGACUUCAAAUGAAUCUGACUUGUUUUUGUCACCUGUCAUACCUUUUUGAAACCUUUUUGUGAUACUAGAUUCAGUCCAUUUUACAUGUAAAAAAGUUGAAUUGAAAACAACACAAAUUAAACAGUUGAUGACACACAA